UUUUGAGAUGGUGGAAUGAGAUUGAGUGCUGCUUCCAUGGGAUGGGACGAUAAAAUCGUCGAACGGCCGGAAGAGGAAACUCAUGAAUCGUGGACCCUAUCUCUUCACUCUUUGUCUGAUUUAUCCCACAUUUCGCCCAUUGUGUUCUUGUACCUCAUUAAAGAAUGUUAUACUUCUGGUACCUUGAAGGCAACUAGAAAGUUCGGCGUACUUCAACAUCAAGUUCAUCAAGUAUUAAAUAAUGGGCCUCGACCUGGACCCGCUACUUUUGUCAUACACUGUCUCUACGCACUACCCAUAUUUGACAUUCACUGUGAGGGGUUCAGUCACUUGAUAAUAUCUUCUCUCCGUCGAUUUUUGAAAGCUAACCUUGCAGACUCCUUGCAAGCAAAGGACUUAGCUGCGCAUUUAUUUAUUGACAUGGUUCAGGGAUAUGUAAAUUAUGAUGAGAGGAUACUUGUGAAGGUAGUGGAAGUGUUUGACGUGAGACUGACAAACCUUGAGAAUGUCAUAUGCCAACUUAAAGCCAUAAACGUUAACUUUAGACCGGUCACUGCACUAACAUUUCUUGAGCGAUAUAUUUUCAAGUUGAUAGAGUCCCAGUCCUAUAUGACAGCAGUCACUCUAUUGGAACACUUUUCUAUUCGUCAAUCUGGGAAAUCUUUCCUUCUUGCUAUGAUGGAAAAGAAAGAAUUUAGGGCUGCAGAGAAGUGGGCCACAUUCAUGGGCAAGCCAAUGUUAUGUGUACUUGUCCAUGAAUACUUAGACAGAAAAAUGCUGAAGUAUGCUUAUGUGACAAUCAAGAAAAACAAUCUCCGGCAAGAAUUUGCUGAUGUAUAUCAUCAAUGUAGAGAAAGCCAUCGUAUCACGAACAGCAAGACUAAUUUAUUGUUUUGUAGUUCAAUGAAGCAGCUAGCAGAAAAAGGAUGCUGGGAUGUUGCUGAGUCAAAGGCAAAGGGUGAUAAACUGCUCAUUGAAUUCCUGGUCUAUUUGGCAAUGGAAGCUGGUUACAUGGAAAAAGUUGAUGAAUUGUGUGAUCGAUACUCUCUUCAAGGUUUUCCAAAAGCCAAAGACAUUGAUGCAAGUCUUCUGCAUCACAAGCACUAUUUGUGCCUCAAAGAACUGGGCAUUGAAGAAGUUUGUUGGGUUGAUGGAGUGGAUAGUUUGCAUACGGCAACAUGCUAUAUUGAAGAAUCUAAAGUUGUUGGUGUGGACUGUGAAUGGAAACCCAAUUAUGUAAAGGGCAGCAAGCCUAACAAGGUAUCCAUCAUGCAGCUUGCUUCCAGCAGAAGUGUUUUCAUCUUUGAUCUCAUAAAAUUGUCAGGGGAUGUGCCACAUAUUCUGGAUAACUGCCUGAGUCGUAUUUUACAGUCUCCAAGUAUUCUAAAGCUUGGCUAUAAUUUUCAAUGCGAUAUGAAGCAACUCACGAGCUCCUACGAAACACUGAGGUGUUUUAACCAUUUUGAAAUGCUGUUGGACAUUCAGAAUGUAUUUAAAGAAUCCAGUGGUGGUCUCUCAGGGAUUGCUGAGGAAAUACUUGGUGCUGGUUUGAACAAGACAAGAAGGAAUAGCGACUGGGAGCAACGACCUUUGAGUCAAAAUCAGCUGGAAUAUGCCGCUCUUGAUGCUGCUGUUCUUGUGCACAUAUUUCAUCAUAUACGGGAUCGAUCUCUGCAGGCUACUGCGGAUGGUAAUGACAAAAUCGAAUGGAAGUCUUCUCUAAUUUCGCACAUGGAUAAUGCCAAGACGAGCAGAAAGAAUGUUCGGAAUAGAACGAAGUGCAGAGUGGAGACUGACUAGCUUGACGAUCAAUUUGUGAACCGCCGGAGCCAUUUGUCGUCGGGCUUUUUUUUCUUCUGUAUAUAUAGCUUUCGAAGAAAUCACUACUUAGUGAUCCAAUUGACAAUUGUGAUGCGCAUAUGGGAAAAAUUCAUUGCCAAUGAGAGCUUCAGUUCUGUCUU